GUGGACUUUGAAAUACCGACACAUUUCACUGCAUUAUGGCGUUACAUGUAUCACAUGUACCAAUUGGAUGCCUUCACACAAUCGUGCCCUGCAGAUCAGGACAUCAUCAAUCACUAUAAAUUGCAGCAGAUGCUAAAAAUGAAAAAGCAUGAGGAGCUUGAAACUCCUACGUUUACUACUUCCAUUCCGAUCGAUAUUACUGAGUAAUGCAGAUCUUUUGUAUGUGGUGUAAUAUGACCAGAGCAAGUUGAAACGUUAGCUUGCUAUAACCUUAGACCGUAUAGCAUUAAGAAGCCACGCCCCUGCUUUCAAAAAAUAAUUCCACUUUUUAUAAUACACGCUUGCGUAUACCCACUUACAAAAUAACAUGUGAAACAUAAAAUAAUAUUCCCAUUUUUUAAUAAUAUAAUUGAAAUAAAACCUAAACCAUAUUUUUUAUGUACUAUAUGGGUGUAUUCCUAAGAACAUAAAUACACAUAGUACACUAUUCUACAGUAGAUGAAAAAUAUUCAAUAUGCGUAUGCAGUUGCGCCAAUUACAUAGGAAAACGUCGAAUGUUGCUCUUCAAUUAUAUUUCUUAGUAAAGUUUGUUUUUGUAUUUAAUUGGCAAUGUGAGCACAGUUCAAUGGCGUCGUUUUUGAUAAAUGGGCAUAAGUAUUUGAAAAAUAUUUACACUAAGUGCGAUUAUUUUUAAUUAAGUUUGAUUUGUUGCCAACGUUUGAUUUAAUUGCAUUCAUUAGAAAUACUUUUUAAUGUUUACGAUAAGUAUUUAACAAAGAAUCCAAGAUUGACGAGGACUUAAAAAGUUCAAAUUAUAAUGAAGCAAGUAUGCCAUUACAUCAAAAUCAAGUACAUUAAAUUAUUAAACGCAAUACGUUACACCGUUUACAACCGUUUACAAUUGAAAUAAGAAGUCAAAAAUUAAAAUGAAAUCCAUUAGGAAAUGUGAAAUAUUCUCCGUAUUAUUUUAUAUCUAUAGCUAUGCGAACCUACUUAAAAAUAGGAUACAAUUGUUUUGUAUAUACAGAUUAUAUAUUCAUCAAAUAAAACAAAUAAAAUUUCGUACAUAUUUGAUACCAC